AUGUUAAUUUUAAUUUUAUUUGCAUAUUUCAAUAAACUUUAAGAAUAGAUAGACAUAUUAAAAGAAGCAAUAUAAAAAUAUUUUCCUAAUCUAGCGGGGUAUCAUUCAUUCUUGAAAAAUUUCCCUGAGACUCACAAAAAUAAAUAAUCUAGAAAUUAGAAAAAGAUAUGCGAAAUUGAGAGAAUAUCUAAUACCUUAAGCUCGCUUGAUUAUAGAAUUUAAAAAGUAUAAUUCAUUCAUCAUUUAGGUUCAAACGAUUAGUUCAAAAAGCACUACUUAAAACAGCACUGAUAAGAGCAAAUAAGAAAGUCAAUAAUAAUAUUCAACAUAAUCUUUCGUGUUGAUAAUAUUGUAAUUUUGA